AUGCCUUCCUACCUCGUCACCGGAGCGUCUCGAGGAAUCGGUCUUGCAUUCCUCGACCACAUCUCCAGCAACCCAGACAACGUUGUCAUCGGUCUCGUUCGCAACGUAAAAGACACCGAAGCCAGAAUCGCAUCGUGGAGCAGAAACAACAUCCACCUCGUCCAAGGCGAUCUCACCAACUACGAGUCACUGAAGAGUGCCGUUGAUGCCACAUCCAAAGUCACCAACGGAAGUCUGGACUACCUCAUCGCAAGCGCGGGUCUUGUGUCUGGUGAAUUCGAUGAGUUUUCCGUUCUAGGCAAAGACCCGGCCAAAAUGGAGUCCAGUCUCAAUCAGCUCUUCAGCGUCAACGUCGUUGGCAACAUCCACCUCUUCAACCUCUUCAUGCCGCUCGUUCUCAAGGGAAAUGUCAAGAAGGUCGUUACCAUCUCCAGUGGCAUGGGUGAUAUGGAAUUGGUACGCAAGUACAACAUAUCCGAGGAUGGACCGUAUGCAAUCAGCAAGGCGGCGGUGAACAUGGCCGUUGCGAAGUUCAGUGCUGAAUACGCCAAAGACGGAGUGCUCUUUCUGAGCAUAUCUCCAGGAGUAGUAGGAACAGAUGUGUAUGCUGAUCUAUCGGAAGAUGAUCAGCGGAAACUUGGAAUCAUGUCGCAGAAGUUCAUGGAUUACUCACCAGACUUUAAGGGGGCUAUUACGCCAGAAGAGUCAGUCAAGGCUGUACUGAGUGUUGUCGAAUCCUCGAGUGUUGCCAAUGGAGAUGGCGGUGCUUUCUUGUCGCAUCUUGGCAAGGGCGAGAAGUGGAUCUGA